UAUACGCCAGAUAAGUGCUGGCUUGCAAUCGUAAAACUGUGAUAAAGAAAAUUAAAUUCGAUAUAUAACUUUUUAACGUUACUAUUUCAGUUUUUGGUUGUUACGAGAUCAUGUUAUCUAUUCCAGUAUUGCUUUUCGCCCUUUCAUUUGCUUGCUGUGCAAGACAGAAGCCAGAAGUUUUUGAAAUACGAGAAAGUGCAAAAGAUGGUCGCCUAUACGUCCUUGUAAGAGAUGAGAGAAAGGAAUCCCCUCUACUUCGCUUGAUACGAAAUCUUCCUCCAAAACGGGAAACUCGCGCUAAUCUAGAUAGCGAUUUGCAAGUUAACGCUGAGCAAAAAGAAAGGAUUUUGCCAAUAGAGACCCUUGUCAAUAAGUUGAUGAAUAAACUUAAAGUUAUUAAAGAAAAUAAUGAGAAUUCGGAUGUAGCUGCAGAGCCAAGAUAUCCAGUGGACGAUGAAAAUGAUAAACUUGAUAAUCUUUUAAGUCAAUCGAAAAAUAAGAACGCUAAUCCACAACCGCCGCUUUUAAGAUCUUUGUUGAAAGCACUUGCCAUCGCAGAAUGUGUAAGACAGAAGCCUGAAGUCUUUGAAAUACGAAAAAGUGCAAAAGACGGCCACCUAUAUAUCCUUGUUAGAGAUGCGAGAAAAAACUCCACGUUACUUCAUUUGAUUCAAAACUAUCCUGUUCUGCGUCAAGGUGACACGUAUCAUGUUGACGAUUUGCACACUACGCGAGAGCCAACACCGAAGCCCAAACCAAUAGAAAGUCUUGUUAAUAAGUUGUUACAAACAAUGGCCGGUGUUAAUGAUAAUGAUAAUAAAGUUGCUGGUCAAACACUGACACAUGACAAAUAUUUUGCUGCAUCUGAGCAAAGGUGAUAAUGAUAGACUUGAAAAAUCGAUUGCGUCGAUCGAGAUAUAUUAUGAGAACGCUAUCUCGAGUAGGAUAGAUCCUUGUUCCUAACUAAUGAGUUAGGUAUACAUUUAGCUUAUAGGUAUAGGUAUAGGUAUACAUAUAGCAUUACAAUUUAGCUUAUUUUGUAGAUUUUUUUCAAUUACUGAUAGCCCCAUCAAUUUAGCCCCCAAAAUAGGGAUAAAGUUUAGUAAGUAAAGUACACUCGAAUAAAGAUAACAGUGGCACUAUUCGAGACAACAUUGUAAAUGAUAUAUGGAUAGUGAUGUGAUGUGAAAUUUGUAAUAUUUUUCAUAAAAUUGCCGAGACAAAAAAAUUUAAGUCACACAACAGGGUAGAUGACAAAUUUUUGUUUUGGUGACUAUUUGAAGGUAUGCAUAUUAUUAUAAACACCAGUGAAAAAAUUACUGUGAUAAUGGCUUUACUACUACUUUCAAAGAUAUGACAAAAAUAAAAUCACACAUAUUUUGGACACGUCCAAACGUUCCAUACUAAAUGAUACUCUAACGUGACGUCACGACAGAGUAACAUCUAAGGGGGAAAUCUAUGUUUUUUCGAAAGCUACCUUUAUUUUGAUGACAUUUUAAUAAAAGUUGUUUAAAAAUUUUCGUUUUUUAAUAUCGUUAAGUUUAUUUUAUAUAAUUUUAUUGGUAUUUUUUUAAUGGACUUUACAUCCAAAUUUAAAUCUUCCUAUAUUGAUCCAGCGGCAUUUUUACAGUCUAUGAAUUAUCACAAUGAUUUUAAAUAUAUCUAUUUUAUAAGGAUUCAUACUUUUUACAAAUUUCUUACCUUGUCUACCCUAUUAUCAUGACGUCAUGAGGAUAUCACGAGGAAACGGACAAGCAAUGCUAAUAAUAUAAAAUUUUGCGCUGUGCAAAAGUUUGAUACGUUCAUUAAAAGCGAACAGUUUAAAAUCCCAGCCUAAUUAGUUUUGCAUAACAAUAUCUGUAUCAACUUAUCUGCCAAUACUUCAGUUUGAAGUUCUUGUUUUAUAUUACCCACAAUCGAAAAAUUACUUUAAUAACAUCAAUUUAAAGUAGAAUCUCCAGUGGUUUAUGGUCACAAGACAAAAUAUCGUAGACUUAUCAAAAUAAAACUUUAAUGGGGUUAUUAUAAGGUUGCAAUUUGUACGUUUCAAAUAAUGCCAGGUAACAAAUAGACAGCCGGGGACCCGGACCAAUUUAUUCAAUUAGCGGGACGCAGGAUUCACUAUUACAGGAUUGUUUAUGUCACAGGGAUUUGGUAUGAGCUUAUUAUAGUCGCAGGAAUAACUUGCUAUGUAACAAACAUAUUUCAUAUUAAAAUUGUAUAUUGUGUACAUUAUUCUGAUUAUUUUUAUAUUUUUAUUUGACAAUAAAAAAAUAAAAAUAUUUACAACAUAAAGUAUUAUAAGUUUGAAUUAAAAUAAAACCAAUUUUAUUAUUUUAGUCCAUACCAUUAGAUUAAGUUUGUUUACUUUGUGAGGUAACGGGCGAUCCAAGGGCGGGAAAUUACUUGGCACAGAGGAUUGCUAUAGCGGUUCAGAGGGUAAUGCUGCCAGCCUUCUUGGAACCCUUCCAAGCGGCGACGUGCUGGAAUCUCUUAUAAUUAUAAUUUUUGAAAAAAAAUAUGUAAGUGCAUUAUUUGAAUAAAAUAUAUAAACAGUAAAAAAAAUAACUAUUAAGAACAUUUUUUUUAAUUAAAUAGUUGUUAAUACACUGCAGCAUUGAUUAAAAAAAAUAUAUUUUCGGACAAUAUGAAUCCAUUGUGUCAGUAAUCUUAAAAACGAAUUGUGUUAGUACUUAUAUUCUACUAGGGAUUUAGUAAUUUUUAUUAAAUGGCCGAUUAGAGGAGAAUCCCCACUAUCGGCUAUCGCCUUCAGGGCGCUGUUGCUGCCCCCGCGCACCCUGCGCAGCAGUGACGCAGCUUUCUUCCGUAGAAUAGCUGAAAAACUAU